CUCGUUUUAUCACCCCAACAUUUCAGGACUAUCUGUACGUCGUGCGCCUGUCACUGCAGGCAUCUUGCGAGCCUUGUCAUCUCAAGGAAGCUAGCCUUCGCAUGAAGCUUUGUGGCGAAAAGAUACGCAGCUGUCGCGCUGCCAACUUCGCCCCCGCUUAGUACCGUCUGCAGUGAUCACUGCCCAAACAUCCUGGAUAACGACCUGACCUGACCUGACGUGUAUGGUCUCAUUCUGUUUCGACUGUUUCGCUGGAUCCCUACCUAUCGCCUGUCCCAUUCUCUCACCCCCGAUGUCUUUGCCACUGUUACUCGUUUUGUCUGUGUAAUUUGCAUGAGCCAGAAAGAUGGCAAGAGUCAAACAGAAGACGCGUAAGCAGGCCCCUUCAGGAGGAGCUUCUACUCGAGGCGCUCAGGUUGCAAAAGAAAGACAUAAACAUACGGUUGUCGUCGAAGGAACGUCCAAGGAACAAAAUAAGCUACGAAGCGUGGUAAGACUGGCAAGCUGUCUCCCUCGAGGUACUACUUACCUGGACCGCCAGAUCACCUUUCGUGCGGACCCUCCGCAAGGGUACACUUUCAUUCCAGCUGGCAAUCCGGAGCUUACGGCGGCGUUGAAAGAAUUUGCUCGUCGUGGGGACCACAAAAUAUAUGCUGUAACUACCACACCUCAUGCCGCAAGACAUGAGCUCUCUAGGGAAGUACACCGUAUUGGCUUUCAUUUUCCAACCAGUGUUGUCGCCCAAGUGUGUUCUCAUUAUGGUAUUCGCCUUACCGCUGGUGGUAAGGUCAUCGAUGAUUCCAAGGAUGACAAAUUAUUGUUUCAGUCAGUCUAUCAAAAUGGCCAACGUCCCAAAGAAGAACCCAAGGAUCAGAUUACAAUAAACACCGAAGCCAAGCAGACCAUCAAAGACUUAUUUCCCAAAAUGCCAGACAAUGAUCUAUUUCAGAUCAUUAAGACAGCAUUCCAGUUGGGGGAUAACAAGGUUGGCACUGCGGACGAGAUCCCUCUAAUUCGUAGAGCGCAGCUAUCUGUUGUGGCUCAUAUUAGGCACGUAUACACAGACUAUGACAAGUUGUUGAGGCGAUGUCCCUACAACGAGGCUCGACACGCUGUGGAGAAAGACACGCUCGCGAAAUUGAUCGAAUGGCGGGGAGAUGACGAAGUAGAGGAUGAGGCCACUCAACGUGCUGCUGAUGACCUCCUCCGGGAGGUUAUCGUCAUUUCUGACGAGGAAGACGAUGAGACCGAUACUGACGAUAUCCAAAUUAUUCAAGACAAUGUUAAGGUUGAGGAGUUGCCGAGUACCGCAUAUGGUCCGGCCGUUGGCAGACCUCUUUCGCCUUACCAUACCCAUUCUGGCGAGAUGACAAGCCACAGCUAUCAAGCACUGCCAAGGGUAAUACAUCGUUAUAAGCCCAGCGACGAUACUAUUGCCCAGCGUGACCGCAGCCGUUAUGCUGUCUGGGAUCAGGCCAGGCGCGAGUAUCGUGCCGGCAUGAGUCGACAGCCGGUCACUGUUCUUGAGAGAAUCUAUGAGCCGGCUGACGUCGCACCAAAACGUGUCCUCGUGCCACUCGACUCUCCAGCACAUUCUUCUACACAAGUUGUCUAUUCCCGACCUCCCCCUGCUCCAAUGAACACUUUCGACUACGAGCCCCGUCACAUCAGCCAGCCAAGUCCACGAUCUUAUAUCAGAGAUGCCAACGGUGUUUUGUAUGAACGACUCGAUGAUGAUCGUCCGCGUGAAAGAGUCCCCGAACCAAGUCGACAUGUCGAGAACGUUCCUUGGACUAUUCUAGCUCCCGAAAAUAGGGUCAGAACGCGACCUCCUUCACCUCAACGGAGGGUUUAUCCUACCCACCGUCAAGAAGACGAAUUCGACAGCGGCAGAGGCUCUAUACUUGAGUCGAUUGAAGGCCCGCAGGGACCAUAUUCACCCGCAGCCAUGCGGUCAAAGCAAAGCGGAGGGUACCCAGCACCACAUGAUCCUGCUCUAACACGAGAAAACGGCCUCAGCUAUCGUGGUGUGCCCGCAAUAAAUCGCCCCGACGAUGAUGUUCGAGUGGUGAAGCGGAUUCGCUUGGAAGAUUUCCCGUCGCCAUCUGAAGCCCGGUAUGUGAGGAGAGGAUCGCCUGUCACUUACCGCGAGCGCGUUCAUGUGCCGCAAAAUUCACGUGCUAUUGAAUAUGAUAACCAGCGUUCGACCUCUACACUACGACCAGCUGUAUCAUUGGAACCAAGAAGAUACGCGCAGAGCGUCUCCGAAAUUAAUCGUGCUGCAUAUGCUGGUGCAGGAGCUAUUCGAAAUACAGAGUCUAUGUUUGAGCCCAGAGAGCCUCCAAAAACACGGCCACAGCCACCCACAUAUGCCCAAGAGCACAUACGGUACUUGAUACCGGAGCCGAGCGUGCAUCGCCGAGGUAUCGCGGAUGAACGUUCGACUGUUGUUAGUCGCGUGUAUGAGCCUCUUGACGGUCAGGUCUAUGACAGUCAAACCUUGAUUGAUCGACCAGUUGCCUCUCGUGAGAUACAUGUGCAACCACCUCGGCGUGUGUAUGAAUAUGAUGAUAGGGUGCCCGGCAAUUCUCGUCCAUAUAUCGACCUGACUAAAUGAUUACCUAUUGCGUCAACAUGAGUUGAUCAGCCUCCUUCCAUUGAGCUUGUGGCUCUUUUCUUAUGCUUGAGAAGGCCCAUGUUGACUUCGUACCAAGGUCAACACUGUACAGUCACGAAAUCGACACCAAUAAUUCGCCACGAACCUUGUCCGAACAUCAACAUCGGCAUUCUCGUUCAGGAUAUCCAGCAUGUCUUCACGCGCAUGAAAUUUCUUUCCUUUUCCUUCAUUGCCAGCAUGGGUGACCCUGAGAGUUUUAUUGAGCGGCAUAGUUAAUGCAUUGCGGCGGUGUUCCAGAGAUCAUGAACCACUUCCGAAAGAGUUCAGCUUGGCAUGCUGCCGUUGUUCACGACCUUGAAUUGUUUCUAUGAUACCCUGUUUACGAAGGAUGGCGCACGACAUCACCAUGGUUUCCCGAAGGUCUCAGAACUUGGGUAAUUGCAUGGCUGAUAAGAGAAAGACGGUAUGUGCCGAAAACAGGACUGUUUUCCUGCACCGAGCCAUGAUUGAACCUUGCUACAAGACGAGGAGUUGUGAAGUAGUAAGAACACAAUAACAAUGACUGUCCUUCCAUGUCGAUGAUUUCAGAUUGGAAAUGCGCUUGCUAUAGUAUAUGUUGAGAUCUUGUG